GCAACACGAGCCAGCUUGCAUUGGCUCCCACCGCUGCUCCUGCCCUCCCAGUCUCCGAGGCUUCCCAGUUCCGGCCCACACGCCGCUCAUUCCGCAUGGCGUCCGAGCACCAGCAGCAGCACAUCCCCGCGGUGCCGAGGUGGACGCCGAGCCCGCCGCGGCGGCAGGGUCGCGGGACCGACGAUGAUGGCGACGCCGCCGCCUCUGAGCUCGGCGCGUCCAUGCGCAGCACCGACGGGUUCCCGUUCGGCAGCGGGCGCUCGUUCGCGCGCCCGCCGUUCCUGCUGCCGCAGUCCUCGCUGGAGAUCAGCGUGGCGGAGACCGGGGGCGGCAGCGCCGUCGUCGUCCGCGAGAAGUCCCUGCGCCGCAUCGACGAGGGCGUCGUCAUCUCCUGGGAGGACCUCUGGGUGUCCGCGGGCGGCGGCAAGGGCGGCCGCGUGUCCAUCCUCUGCGGCCUCAACGGGUACGCACGCCCCGGCGAGGUCCUCGCCAUCAUGGGCCCGUCCGGCUGCGGCAAGUCCACCCUUCUUGAUGCCUUAGCAGGACGGCUAGGUUCGAACGUGAGCCAGAAGGGAGACAUCCUGAUCGAUGGCCGGAGGCAGAAGCUAACGUAUGGAAGAUCGGCGUACGUGACGCAGGACGACAUGCUGAUGACCACGCUGACGGUGCGCGAGGCCGUGCACUACUCGGCGCAGUUGCAGCUUCCGAGCGCGAUGACCGCGGCGGCUAAGCGGGAGCGCGCGGAGGAGACGCUGUGCGAGAUGGGCCUCGAGGGCGCGGCGGACACGCGCAUCGGCGGGUGGAUGCACAAGGGCAUCAGCGGCGGGCAGCGCCGGCGUGUCAGCAUCUGCAUGGAGAUCCUCACGCGCCCCGCGCUGCUGUUCCUGGACGAGCCCACCAGCGGGCUCGACAGCGCAGCCUCGUACCACGUCGUGAGCCGGAUCACGCGGCUCGCGCGCCAUGAGGGCAUGACCGUCGUCGCCGCCGUGCACCAGCCCAGCACCGAGGUGUUCGGGCUCUUCCACGGCCUCUGUCUCCUCGCCUACGGCAAGACCGUCUUCUUCGGCCCCGCCACCGACACCAACCAGUUCUUCGCUCUGAGCGGGUUCCCCUGUCCUUCACUGAUGAACCCUUCCGACCACUUCCUAAGGACCAUCAACAAGGACUUCGACAAGGACAUCGAAGAAGGCCUCAACGGGGUUAAAAUGACCACGGCUCAGGCAAUCGACGUGCUGGUGAGCUCGUACAAAUCCUCCGUCCACAUGGAGAAAGUGACGCGGCAGAUCGCCGACAUACGCGAAACUGCAGGGGCAGUGGUGAAGCAGGAAUGGCAGCCGAGCUUCGUGACACAAACCUUCGUGCUCACCAAGAGGUCAUUUGUGAACAUGUACAGGGACCUGGGCUACUACUGGCUGCGAUUCGCCAUUUACAUCAUGUUGUGCCUCUGCGUCGGCACCAUUUUCUACAAUGUCGGGCAUAGCUACGGAUCGAUCCUUGCUCGUGGUUCCAUGCUCAAUUUCGUCGCCGCUUUCCUCACCUUCAUGGCCAUCGGAGGAUUCCCGUCAUUCGUCGAGGACAUGAAGAUCUUUGGACGGGAGAGGCUUAACGGGCACUACGGGGUGGCAUCGUUCGCGAUCGCCAACACGGUGUCGGCAGCGCCGUACUUGGCGCUCAUUUCCGUCGUGCCGGGCGCCAUGGCCUACUACCUUGUCGGCCUCCAGCGCAGCUUCGGCCACUUCGCCUAUUUCGCCCUCGUGCUGUUCACGGCAAUGAUGGUCGUGGAGGGCCUCAUGAUGAUCGUGGCCAGCGCUGUCCCCGACUUCCUCAUGGGCAUCAUCACCGGAGCCGGCAUCCAGGGCGUCAUGAUGCUCAACGGUGGCUUCUUCCGCCUCCCCAACGACCUACCCAAGCCCGUCUGGCGGUACCCUAUGUACUACAUCUCCUUCCACAAGUACGCCAACCAGGGGUUCUACAAGAACGAAUUCCUGGGCCUCACCUUCCCCAACAACCAGGCCGGCGGUGCCGCCACCAUCUCCGGCAGCGAAAUCCUGAGGGACUACUGGCAGGUGCAGAUGGGGUACAGCAAGUGGGUCGACCUCGCCAUCCUGUGUGGGAUGGCCGUGCUCUACAGGGCGCUCUUCUUUGCCAUCGUGAAGCUCACCGAGAUGGUGAGGCCCAUGGUAAAGGGGUUCAGGUUCAGGAACACCGCGCCGUCGGUGCACGUUGCCAUGCAGGGCUCCGGCAGUCCAUGAUCCAUGCAGUUGCAAACGUAGGGGAAGUAUGUAGAGGGCUGCUCUUCUUCCUCCUCUAUCUAAUCUCUCUUUUUUUCCUUCUUCUCUUGAAAAUAUAUGAUAUUUAGUGAUAGCAUAGUAGUAGUAUGUAUGUAUUCAGGUGUGCAGUCUUGUCAUAUUCCCAUUGACAAGGGGCAUCUUGCAAGGCUUAAUUGCAUGGUAUGGUUUUAUUUAUGUAUGGUAUGGUAGUAAAUGGGCUUAUCACUCAUGGGAGUUUUUUUUCCCAUUUUGUAGCGCGAAGUGAAAAUAAUAAAUGCCUAUUUCUUUCCCUUUUUCCAAGAGGACAAUAA